GUCAAUAGUUAAAAAAUAAAAAUAUGAUUGAAGAUAACGAAUGGCAUACAGUGACAAGUCACAAGACCACACACCCUAACUCGCAAGCCAAUUCUUCGCCUUCUUCAAAUACAAGACGCAAGUCAAAACAUAAAAUACCUAUUGUUAAGCAACAACAACAACAACAACCGCAGAAACAACAUGCUACUUCAAAAUCACAUAAAGACAAAAAGACCCAUCCUCAUUCAUCCUCAAAUCAUCGUCGUCAUCAUGCUGUAAACCAUCCAACAAGUAAUCCUUUUCAUGCUGCUGAUGACGAUGAUUCUGAUGAAGAAGAAGAAAAUGACGAACAGAUUGAUCCUAUCGAUUUACCUGUUCCACCUUACCAUACAACCAUUGUCAUUUCUUGUCCUUUUCAAGGAUGUAAUUCUCCCAUUCCUUUUGUGGAUACAACUUCACUUGUUAAGCACUUGAAAGAUGAUCACCAACUUGUAUUUAAGAAUCUUCAUCACAUGUAUAUGGCUUUGGAUACUUAUUUAUCACGUUGGGCAAAAGAAUUUGAGAAUAAGUCUAUUAGUGAAAUUGGUGAAUUAGAUACUAAUAAUAAUGUUUAUGUCAUUAAUCCCGAAAAAUGUGCCUUGGAUAAAAAAAUCCGAGAAGACAUGCAACGAGCCAAAUUGAAUGAGGUCUUAAAGACUCAACAAAAUGAACGAGAAAAUGACUCCAAAGUGCCCAGGAAAUGUCUCUUUUGUAAAAUUAUUGGCGAAAAUAGAACUACUCUUUUUAAACAUAUGUUUUCGGAACAUAAUUUCAAUAUUGGUUUACCAGAUAAUUUAGUUUAUGUAAAUGAAUUUCUUGAUACUUUGGAAGGCAAAUUAUCAAAACUUCAAUGUCUUUAUUGUGAAAAGACAUUUACUAGUCCUGCUGUAUUACGUAAACAUAUGAGAAAAAAGAAGCAUUUUAAGAUUGCAGCCAAGAAUAGACAAUAUGAUAGAUUUUAUGUUAUCAACUAUUUAGAACCGGGAAAAAACUGGGAAAGCUUUGAACAUGAUACUUAUGACAGUGAUGAUGACAAGCAGGACGAUUCAUGGGCUGAUUGGGAGGAAGAUGUUCAAGAAUCAACCAUGUGUUUAUUUGAUACACAAGUAUUGCCUUCACCAAAAGAAGCAUUAGAUCAUAUGAAGAAAGUACAUCAUUUUAAUUUAUCUGAAUUAAGAAAGACUAAAGGCCUUGAUUUUUACCAAGUUAUUGUUUUGAUCAAUUAUAUUCGUCAUCAAUCAUCUAACCUAACAUGCUUCUCUUGUGAAAAGGUCUUUGAUAAUGAAACAGAGCUUGCUGAUCAUUAUAAGGAAGGAAGCUGCAUUACGAAAUUUGUUCCAAUGGAUGCUCCUUUUUGGAAAGAUCCUCGAUUUCUUAUUCCAACCUAUGAAAACGAUCCUCUAUUAACUGGAUUCGAAGAAGAAGAGAAUGAAGAAGAAGAAGAAGAAGAUUUAAAAGUGCCAGAUAUUGAAUCUAAGAAAAAGUAUCUUCAUCAAAUGAUGGAGAAAUCUCUUUCAGUCUCUGAACAAUAAAACGAUUUUUUUUUUAUUUUGCAAUUACAAUAAUAAGAGAUAAAAUACAUCCGACAAUAGUAAUAAUCAGUAAGAAACAACACAUAGUUCUCCUUGACUUUUUUUGAUAACGAUUAGCAACUACAAGCUCAUCAGCUGCUUGUCUUGUAUUUUGUGCAAUAUUUAAUACAUUGCCAUAGAUACUUUCUAAAAGAUAAAAAAAGAAAAAAAAAAAGAGCCUGUUUUACUAUAAUUAUCCCUUAAAUAAAUACUUGUUCAUACUUACGAAUACCGCUUUCUUGUUCAUUC